AUGCGAAGCGUAGCGCUCUCCGUCUUCCUCGUCGCCGCCGCCGCCUCCGCCGCGUCGGCCGACGAGCAACCCAAACCCACUUUUGCACCCUCCGACAUCAAGGCACCUUUCCUCGAGCAGUUCACCGAUGACUGGUCAGAACGGUGGACACCCUCAGAAGCCACCAAGAAGACCGCUUCUGGUGGUGAGACCUGGAGCUACGUUGGCAAGUGGGAAGUCGAAGAUGCCGAACCCUCGGUCAUCGAGGGCGACAAGGGCCUCGUCGCCAAGUCAAAGGCUGCCCACCACGCCAUCUCUGCUCCCUUCAGCGCGCCCAUUGACUUCAAGACCGAGCCUCUGGUCGUCCAAUACGAAGUCAAGUACCAGAAGGGUGGUAACUGCGGUGGUGGUUACCUCAAACUUUUGGAAGAUGGCUUCCAGACCAGUGGCAAGGACUUCUCGGACACGACACCUUGGGUGGUUAUGUUCGGUCCUGAUUUGACUUGCCCUGGAACGAAGGUUCACUUCAUCUUCCGCCACAAGAACCCCAAGACUGGUGAAUACGAGGAGAAGCACCUCAAGAGUGCUCCCCGUCCUUCUAUCGAGAAGAACACCAAACUCUACACACUCGUUGUCAACCCGAACAACACUUACAGUGUCUCCAUCGACGGCGAGAGCCUCAGCUCUGGAAGCCUCCUUGAAGACUUCGACCCAGCCGUCAACCCGCCCAAGGAAAUUGACGACCCCGAAGACAAGAAACCCGAGGACUGGGUUGAUGAGAAGAAGAUCGCCGACCCCGACGCUACCAAGCCUGAUGACUGGGAUGAGGACGCGCCUUACGAGAUCCUUGAUGAGGAGGCCACCAAACCCGAAGGAUGGCUCGAAGACGAACCUCUUACUAUCCCCGACCCAGAUGCCCAGAAGCCUGAAGAAUGGGAUGAUGAGGAAGAUGGUGAUUGGGUCGCCCCUACCGUCUCCAACCCCAAGUGCGCUGAAGCUCCAGGCUGUGGUGAAUGGAAACGCCCAUUCAAGGCUAACCCCGACUACAAGGGUAAAUGGUACGCGCCUCUCAUCGACAACCCCGCCUACAAGGGCGAGUGGGCCCCCAAGAAGAUUGCCAACCCUGCCUACUUUGAGGACCUCACCCCCGUCAAGAGCCUCAACAAGAUUGGUGGUGUCGGUAUCGAACUCUGGACUAUGACCGAGGAUAUCCUCUUCGACAACAUUUACGUCGGUCACUCUGUUGAUGACGCCAAGGCUCUCGCUGCUGCUACCUUCGAGGUUAAGAAGACUCUUGAGACUGCUUCCCAGAAGAAGGAGAUGGAGGAAGAGGACGAAGAUGAGACUCCGUCGUUCAAGGAGGAUCCCGUCCAAUUCAUCCGCUCCAAGAUCUUGACCUUCGUCGACGCUGCCAAGAUUGAUCCCCUCGCUGCUUUCAAGACUCAACCUGAAACUGGCGCCGCUUUGGCUGUUGCCCUCUUCACCAUCUUCGGCAUGAUUGGCGCUACCCUCGGCCUCAUUGGUCCCCAACAGAAACCCAUCACCAAGUCCGCUAAAAAGACUGACGCCCCAACACCUGACUCCAAGAAGACUGACUCUGCGCCCGUCGCUCCCGCUGGUGGUGAGAAGAAGGAAGAGGGUGGCGCAAAGAAGCGCACUGCUGCUGCUGCGAAGUAA